GAUGCUACUCUGAAUCAGCUGCUUGUGUGCUUGGACGGAUUUGAGGGAAGAGGAGAGGUGAUUACUAUUGCCUCAACAAAUAGACCAGAUAUUCUAGAUCCUGCACUCGUGAGACCUGGACGGUUUGAUAGAAAAAAUUUAUAUCCCUAAACCAGGCCUCAUAGGUCGGAUGGAAAUUCUUCAGGUCCAUGCUCGUAGGAAGCCAAUGGCUGAGGAUGUGGACUACAUGGCUGUUGCUAGUAUGACUGAUGGAAUGGUUGGUGCAGAGUUGGCCAAUAUAGUUGAGGUUGCUGCAAUUAACAUGAUGCGUGAUGGAAGAACUGAGAUCACAACUGAUGAUUUAUUACAAGCUGCACAAAUAGAAGAGAGAGGAAUGCUGGAUAGAAAGGAGAGGAGCCCUGAUACAUGGAGACAAGUAGCUAUCAAUGAAGCAGCAAUGGCUGUUGUAGCUGUGAACUUUCCUGAUCUCAAAAAUAUUGAGUUUGUAACUAUUGCACCUAGAGCUGGUCGGGAACUAGGCUAUGUUCGGAUGAAGAUGGAUCAUAUUAAAUUCAAGGGAGGAAUGCUUAGCCGGCAAUCUCUCUUAGAUCAUAUCACUGUUCAACUAGCACCUCGUGCAGCAGAUGAACUUUGGUAUGGUGAAAGUCAGUUGAGUACCAUAUGGGCUGAAACAGCAGAUAAUGCUCGGUCAGCCGCACGAACCUUUGUUCUCGGUGGCCUUUCUGAGAAGUAUUAUGGUUUGUCGAACUUCUGGGUUGCAGAUCGAAUCAAUGUAUGGAGAUUUCCUUGAUGCCUUCCUACUUGUUAU